UGUACAAGCGACGCGCAUGGGAUCCCGGGGAAUUGGCUCUCUUGCACAGCUUGACGAAUAUUGUUGUCAUUGAGAAUUUUAUUGGUACUACUGGUUCUGCACGAUGGAUUUCCAAAACCGUGCCGGUGGCAAGACUGGCUCUGGUGGUGUGGCAUCAUGGUCAGAAACGAACAGAGACAGGCGGGAGCGCCUCAGGCAGCUAGCCUUGGACACAAUUGACUUGAAUAAGGAUCCUUACUUUAUGAAGAAUCAUUUAGGCUCGUAUGAAUGCAAGCUCUGUCUGACUCUACACACAAAUGAGGGAAGUUACUUGGCACAUACACAAGGAAAGAAACAUCAAGCUAACCUUGCACGCCGUGCUGCGAAAGACGCCAAGGAUGCUCCGACUCAGCCUGCACCAGAAAAGCCUAGAGUCAACAUAAAGAAAUUUGUAAAAAUUGGCCGGCCCGGAUACCAAGUCACAAAACAAAUGGACGCCGACACAAAGCAGCACAGUUUACUAUUUCAAGUCGACUAUCCAGAAAUUGGUGAGGGUGUACUGCCCCGGCAUCGUUUCAUGUCAGCGUAUGAACAGCAUAUAGAGCCACCGGACAAGGCAUGGCAGUACCUUCUCUUUGCUGCCGAGCCGUAUGAGACCAUCUCAUUCAAGGUGCCGAGUCGCGAGAUUGAUAAGUCAGAGAGCAAAUUCUGGACCGAAUGGAAUAGAGAAACAAAACAGUUUUUCCUACAAUGCCACUUCAAGAUGCCAGCACAGUCCGUACAGCACGGUGCUGGUGCUGGUGGUCCUCCUCCGUCACUACUAGUACCCCCACCACCUAUGCAGCAGCAGCAGCAGCAGCAACGACAGCAGCAGCAGCGACUCCCGCCACAGCAGCAGCAGCAGCAACUCCGCGCGUAAACUGUAAAGCUGUCACCGUUGCCGUUGCUGUUGCUGGCCUCUUGAUGGUUCAGCGUGUGCUGUGCUCUGCUGUGCUGUGCUCUGCUGUGCUGUGCUCUGCGUGCACUGCGCCAAGCUGUUUGGUCCGCAGCUGCCUGCCGUCUAGCCCUCCCACCCUACCUCCGUGGAGGCUCUCUCUCUCUCUCUCUCUCUCUCUCUCUCUCUCCUGGUGGUGAUCCUGUUCGAACAUAUGCUCCUCUCUCUCUCUCUCUCUCUCUCUCUCUCUCUCUCUCUCUCUCUCUCUCUCUCUCUCUCUCUCUCUCUCUCUCUCUCGCUCUCGCUCUCUCUCUCGCUCGCUCUUUCAUGUUGUGACCAUUGUUCUUGCUGUUGUUGUUUUUUUAAUUAUUAUUAUUAUUGUGUCCAAUGAAGACUUGUUCCACAACUGUCAAACACGGAUAAUCUGUAGUGCCAAGAAUGGUGUAUACCCUAAGCCGCUCAGUGCAGCACGUGAGUUUCUCAAAAUGGUCAUAUCGGACUAAAAUGCCAAUCAAAAUCAGGGGAAACGAUGAAAAGGGAAAUUAGAAGACUGUCUAAAAGGCGAAGUAUGUACACUGAUUCGUUCAAAGUGUGUGCCAAUUUCUAUACACGUUGGCGCUAUGUACAAGUAGAACUUAGCAAAACAAAAAUACA